AGUAACUAGGAAGUGUAUGGGUAACUAAUGAAAACUGAGGAUUGACUCCAUGGAUCGAGUAUUUGAAUAACGGCGAUUUGUCUGUGUCGUAAUGCAAAACGUAGACUGCCUUUAACAAACAUCGAGAGAAGCGAUUGAGUUUACCACUGAAAGGUGAGUGAGUGUUAUUUAUCGAGCUGAAAUGGUCCUGACGCGUUGCUGCUAGUGAGACGUGUAACGUUAGCGUUUUGUUUACCUUUAUUGCCCUUAGCUAAAUAAUACACGAUAAGGCCUAUAACACACAACACUAGCAAAGACAUAACUGCAUACUUUUUGUUUUCUGUAUGAAUGAGCUUCGACUUAACGCACACCGGCGCUUUAAGGUGGUCCAGGUCACAUGGCUCUGCCGACCUUCUCGGCCCACGUGCCCAGUCGGUCCCGGGUGCUGGCCGGACAGCUGGCCCGGCAGCGGGAGCAGGAGGCCCGGUUUCGAAAGCAGUGGGAGCUGCAUGCUCAAUACUUAAAGGAGCAGAGCGUCCGCAGCCAGAGACAGGCGGUGUGGAGCUCCCACCAGUCCCACCAGCAGAGUAUGUCGGCAUUCAAUAAACAGAGACUGAAGGACGAAAAGAAGGCCAGUCUGGAGCAGCGCAGGAGUCGGCUCAGGGCCAUGCUUCAAGAGGAGCAAGACCGGCUGGAGGCGGAGCUGAGGGAAGUAGUUCCUGACAGGAGCUCAUUGGCAAAUCAGCUGGUGCAAAAGACUGAAGAGCUUCGUACAGCAAGAGAGGAAAGAAGGAAAAAGCUUUCACAAGAGCUGCUGAGGGAGCACUGGAAGAAAAACAACACGGAGUUGCGAGAGGUUGAGUCAGCAUUACAUAAAGAUCAUGUUGUCAGCCAAUGGCAGGAGCAGAUAUCUGAGAAGGAACAGCAAGAGGUGGCGGAGCAGGAGCAGAAGAAACGCUUUGAAAAUGAGUAUGAGAGGACCCGAAGAGAGGCUCUGGAGAGGAUGAAGCAAGCUAAGGAGAAGAAGAACAUAGAGGAGCUGAAGAGGGCAGAGGAACUUCGCAAACAGAUGGAAGAACUGAAGCUGAGGGAAACAGAGGCAACUCGCUUGAAGAGGGAGCAGGAAGCUCUGCUGGUCAAACAAUGGGAGCUGGAGAAGAUAGAGGAGGAAAGGAGAAAAGUGGCAGAAAGACGCAAGAAGUGUGAGAUGGGGCAUUUCUUGAUCCGUCAAUAUCGUGCUCAGCUGAAGAGGAGAGCCCAGCAAGUGCAGGAGGAACUGGAGGCCGACCGUAAGAUCUUGGCAGGCUUGCUAGAAGGACAGCAGGAGGACAAGAGGAUAGAGACUGAACGAAGGGAAAGGGCCAUCGCUGAUGCUGCCUGGAUGAAGCGUGUGAUUGAAGAGCAGCUUCAGGUGGAGGAGGAGAGGGAGGCUGAGUUUGACAUCCUACACAGAGAAGAAGCUCAACAUGUGUGGGAGAAACGAGAAGCACAGUGGGAGAAGGAGAGGAAAGCCAGAGAACGGCUCAUGCAAGAGGUACUUGUGGGGAGACAGCAGCAGCUGGAGCUUAAGAUGCAAAAGAACAGAGAGGCUCAGGAGGAGUCCCUGAGGAGACGAGAACAACUGAUCCAGGAGCUGGAGCUGGAGAGGGAGACCAGAUGCCAGGAGAAGGAGCAAGAAGAGGGACGCAGGACGGCACGGAUGCAAGAGAUAAAUGCUCAGGUGGAGCAGCAGCACCAAGAGCAGUGGGAGGAGCAGUGCAGGAUAGAGCAGGAUGAGGACGACGACAGGGAGGCCCUUCAGAUUCAGGAGGAGGAGCUGAGGCUGGAGAUGCAGAGGAUGGCCAAGAAAGGGUACCAGGAGAAGGUAAAAGAUGAAGGUCAAGCUGAAUGUCAACUUUCCAAGGUCCAAAAUGCUCUUUAAUGUUGAAAUGUGCUUGAAUUCCCCUUUCAGAUUCACAGCAGACCUCGAUCAGCAUGGACAUGAGCAACCUGCCUCAAGUCAAAACAGAAUUGUGAGAUGUAUAUUUUUCUACCUGUAAAUCAGCUUCAGCAGUUUUGCGAUUUUUCCAAGUGUGUCUUAAAACAAAGCUCACAUGCCUAUAUGUAGAUCGUAACAGUUGGUGCUCACUGUGAUUGUUCCUCCUGUCCAUGAAGAGAUCCCUUCCUACUCAAAGUAUCUGAUGGACAUAAUCCAGUCAUUCAAUGAAAACAUGCAUUUCAACUUUCAUCAAAUCCAGUUGGGAUUUUUUCCUUCAUUGGUGUUUUCCUGCUGAGCCACAGUGAAGAGACAACACAAGGACUGUGAAUUCAGUCUCGCAUCUCUUCCAUACACACAAAAAUGUGAAUUUAUUUAUUCCCUUUUAAAGAAUGACGUAGGUUAUGAGGUCAUACUGUGCCAACCUUAUGUUAAUAAUGUCAUGCUGGUUGUUUUCAUAUGUAGAAAAGAAGUAAUGAUUUGUUUUGCACUUUUUUUUUUUUAAGAGCUGUAUAUUUUCCACCCUGUAUUUAUAGAUUCAAUUAAAUAAUUUCAAUCAAAUAAUUUCAGUUUUUUGUAUUACGGCAAUGCAAAGUUAAACCGGAUGAAUUAAACUUCUGGCAAAUCACAACAGGCUGUAUUUAUAAAUUAAGUUUAUUUAGAAAAUAAUUACUUUUCCGAAGUGCAACUUAACAGCUGCAUCGCAUACAUCCCUGCACUCCGGUCAGGUACACAGCGUGACAUUAUCUUGAUCAGUUUUCAAAAUGACGAUAAACUCUGAAACACUCGGUGAGGAUGAACGUUGGGUUGCACAAUUACACGGGAGACGUCAAGACUUCUAUCCCAGAUGUUGCACAUUAAAUACAAAAGUAGCAGCAACGGAACAGAGCACAAAAAACAAGGACAUACAUACAGUAUGGCUAUUAGCUCGAAAUAUCUUUUAACAUCACCAACACUGCAAUGGCACACAAGACCGCAGAAUACAGUGCAGUGUGAAGAAACACACCAGACCAUUUAAACUUAACACUACAACAUAUUGGUGCUGAUGAAGAACACAACUUGGCCCCUGAACAAGUGUUAUUUGCAUUCACUGAAUUGACAAAUGGGCACACAUAACGAGGCACAAUGUCUAGAUGCAUGUCUGAUGUCACUUGGACAGAGGACAAACCAUGUAAAUAGCUUUUUUGAUGCAACAAACAUUUGCAUUGCAGACAUAUAAUGGUCAAUUUGUUUUUGGAAAUUGAGCUUUACAGUUUGAUGAUGCUUGCACAGUGCUGUUGAUGAGGAAGCUCCUUUAGCCACAAGAAUGUUAGCAAUAGCAUUCAAUGACAGCAGAUUCAUGACUCAUUUAUGGCUUUGAACUGAUAACAUUAACCGAUAUCAUGUGGAUUUACUGUGAAUAAUUCCUUCUCUUAAUAGGUAUUUACAUUAUGGACUGACUAAAGAUUAUUUGAAACUAAGAGCAAGUUAACUCAAAUUAUAAUCUAUAAACCAUUACAGUCCACAGGCCGGCUGCUUGAUUUAACAUGUGUGGAAGUUAUUAUUUUAUCUUAAGAGAAAUUGUGCUAUUACAACAACUAACAACUUUCCUUUUACACUCAGAUUUUGUCCAGGCUUGGCUUUAAAUAUUUAUUCAUAAAUUAAAAAAAACAAUGCAUGCAUAUACCACUAAUACAAAAGAAUCAUUAAAAAAUAUAUUCAAGAACAAAACUGAGAUGCUGACUGCUUUGCAGCUCUGUAAGUGCUGCUAGUUUGUAUUCUCCUUUGUGGUG